CAGCGGCCUCCUGGAUGGCGAGGGCACUCCCCGCCGAGUCCCGAGGGACACGGGUCCCCAAGAAGUUCUCAAGCCCACACUCGCCCACCGCCCCGGGUUCCCGCUUAUUUGCCGCGAUGGCUGGCGGUCUCAGGGAUGGCGCCGAGCUGUCCAGGGCCGGAGGGGCACGCGGAGGGGCACGCGCCAGGUGUCGCUCCGGCAGGCCGGGGUUCUCGCGCCUCACUUGGCACUCCAGCUCUUGCUGCACAGACGACCCGGGUAGCUCCUGCAGGUACCGGCCGCCUUGCUGGGGGCCCGGCUGCGCUGUCCACGGCCCCUGCCAAACGCAGGCCACACCUCAGAGGGGCGGGUGCCGGGGCGCUGGCCGGCGGCGCGGGGUUCAGCUUGGGGGCGCAGCGGUGCGUGGCCAGCGCUGCCCAUCCUCAACUCGCUCCCGCCUCUGCUGGGGCCCGCCUCGGGUGCUGCCGGGCCUCCCGCUCCCCGCGCUCCCCCGCCCAGUGCUCCACGGACCCGCAGGGGCGACGGAGCGCGGAGCUGCAGCCGCCACGGACAGGCGAGGGGUCUGCACAGUGCCGCCGCGACGCGAGGGGGAGCCGGAGCUGGAGCGGCCCGCGCGGGAGGAGGCCGGAGAAAGAGCUUCUGUCCCUAGGACACUAGCCCCUUCAGCGCCCCGGUCCCCGGCACCUCCCUCUCCCUGGGCAAUUGCAACAGCGGCUAGCAAAGCACAGGCGAGCGCUGGUUUGUCGGACCCCAGUCUCUUCCAGUCACCAGGCCACACCGCGCCACUCAGGGCCGCACACAAUAGCGAAAAGUCCAAGGAAGCGCUUCGCCCGACCCCACCUUCUGCCUUCCCGAGGCCACUCGCCGUGGCUCCCCCCCUCCAUCCCCUCCCCGCCGCCGGCGGGCAGCCUGCAGCGGCCGCAGGGCCUAGGCUCCUGCGCUCCGUAUGCACGGCGCAUCGCCGCGCCCUGGCGGGGAAACCUGGCUGUGCUUCCCGCGUCGGCUGCGUCCUCUCUUCUGAGGCGCGGGGAAGAAAUAUUGGCAGUCAUGGGUGCCUCAUUCUCCUGAGAGGACUCGAGUCCUCUGAGAGGGACUUGGAAUUUGACGCCUCAGAUGUGCCCAAGCACAGCUUUGUGGGAUUACUCCAAGCAGCUGGUGAGGAGCCUCAGGGAGGACUGGCGGACGCGUGUACCUCGGUCCUAGCGGCUCUGGGGUCCCGCAACCCAGGAAUGAUAAUCGAUAUGCUGUUGUAUGAAUCAGAGGACAACACACUGCCCCUAAGGAGCCUCCUGGUGGCAGUGGGGGACCUCAGCCUCCGCUCAGUGCUCAGUGGACUGGCCACCAGUGCUCAGGAUCUCCUGGAUAUGGCCUCUCCGGAAGACCCAGUGAUGGACAAAACCUCCGACCAAGUAGCCAUCAGGGCCCAUUUCACUCUCCUGCUUUUUUCCAACCAUAAGCCCCUGGUGGCAGAGAAAGCUCUGGAGACCACCGCCCAUCUCUUCCUCCUCCUACGUCCUCCAUACUCGAGAGGAAUUUAGGGAAGUUUCUCCGAAGGGAUGACAUUUGAAUCGUACUUUGAAGAAUGAGGCAGACGGCAUAGACCAGUAACAAGUAAGGAGGGUGCAUCAGUAGUAAAAAGUCCCCCAUGAAAGAGAAACUCCAGGACCUGAUGGCUUUGCUGCUGAAUUCUACCAAACAUUUAAAGAACUCGUAACAACACUUCUUAAACUCCUUCCCCAAAUCGAAUAAAAGUGAAGAAACUCAUUUUAUGAGGCCAGCAUUACUUUUAUGCCAAAACCAGACAAGGACACUACAAGAAAAGCAAGUUAUAGGCUAAUAUCCCUGAUGAAUAUACAUGCAAAAAUCCUCAACAAAAUGCAGCCAACCAAAUUCAACCGCACAUUAAAAGCAUCAUUGACUAUGAUCACGGGGGGAUGCAUGAUCUUUUGGAUGCAGGGAUGGUUCAACACACACAAAUCCAUAAAUAUGAUACAGCACAUUAAGAGAUUGAAGGAAAAGAACCAUGUGAUUAUCUCGAGAGAUGCAGAAAAAAUAAUUUGACAAAAUUCAACACCCUGUCAUGAUAAAAACUCUCAACAAUUAGGCAUAGACAGAAUGUGCCACGGCAAAAUAAAACCACAUGCGACAAGCCCAAAGCUAACAUCACACUCAGUGGACAGACGUUGGGAGCUUUUUCUCGUUUUGCAUCACAGCCUUAUUCACAGUAGCCAAGGCACGGAAUCCAUCUAAGUGUCCAUCCAGAAUGAAUGGGUACAGAAAACAGGGCACACGCACAGUGGGACACUAUUCAGCCUUUCGACAGAAUAAAAUCCUGUCAUUUGUGACAACAUGGAUGAAACCGGUGGGCAUUAUGUUCAGUGAAAGAAACCAGGCAGAGAGACAAAUACCACAUGAUGUCACUUCUGUGUAGAAACUAAAAAAGUUGAACUAAUGACAUUGUAUUGUAUACACGAAAAUUACUGUGUAGGUUUUAAGCGUUCUUGCCACAUAAAAUACUGAGUAUAUGA